AUCAAAGCUAGAAAAUUUCUUAACAGUGCUCUUGAAUCUUCUUUAGUUAGUUUCCAAACACAGCAUUUAUAUAUAAAUAUUAUGAAGAGGGCUUCAUCCUCAGUUCAGAUCCAACCCCCUACGUAUGGAAAUCUGAUCACAAUUCUGAGCAUUGAUGGGGGUGGUAUUAGAGGAAUUAUUCCUGCCACUAUCCUUGAAUAUCUUGAAUCUCAACUACAGGUGCUUGACGGCAAGGAUGCUAGACUUGCAGAUUAUUUUGACGUAAUUGCAGGAACGAGCACAGGAGGUCUAGUAACUGCCAUGUUAACCGCUCCUGACAAAAAUAACCGCCCCUUGUUUGCAGCUAAAGAUAUCAAACCCUUUUAUCUCGAGCACUCUUCAAGAAUUUUUCCUCAAAAGAAAGGCUUAUUGGGAUUUGUCGGAAAACUAUUGAAAUCUAUAGUCGGACCAAAGUAUGAUGGAGAGUACCUACACAAAGUUAUCAGCGAGAAACUAGGCGAGACUCGACUAGAUGAGACAUUAACUAAUGUUGUCAUUCCAACAUUUAACAUCGAAAAUUUGGAGGACAAUUUAAAUGGGACGGCCGCCUCAGUUGAUGGUGCAACAAAGGGAAACCUGAACAAACUGGUUGAAAUUGGCCAAAGCUUAUUGAUGAAACCAGUUUCAAGGGUCAACUUAGAUUCUGGUCUAUUUGAGCCAAUUGAAAACGGUGGAACAAAUGAGGAUGCUUUGAAAAAGUUUGCAAAAUUGCUUUCAGAAGAAAAAAGGUUUAGGGAAGCAAAGUCACCUUUCAGCAAGAAAACGUCCACCUAGCUAAAUUAUUCAACUUUGGGAUUAUUUAUCUUCGACAAUUAAUAUAUUGAUUAAUAAUUAUUAAGUUCGACAGAGAUUGUUGCAUCGUUGCUUGAAUUCUAAAAUAUCUAUUAAGUGGAUUGUAAUUUAAUUUAUUCUUUAUCCAUUAGAAAGUGUGUAUUUGGAUAAUCAUGUAAUAUUUAUCUUGUAAUAAUUAUAUAUACA